UUUCAAAAUUAUCGUCGGGGAUAAGCGCUUACCGGGUGGAACGCCGCGCCGAGACCGAGUGCCGCUUAUUCGAGCGCGGAAGUAAAGUGACUCAGUGCCAUUAGCGCCGGUAACGAGGAUGGAACGCACCUCUCUCGGCCACUCUUGGCAUGUUCUCGAGUGAGUGGGCGUUUGUUCUCAGCCUCCAAGACGUCGAAGCGGUCUCGGGUUCGAAGUCUGCGCGGUGUAGGUGUCCCAGUGCCUCCGGGUUUUGCGAAAGGAAGGUCGGUUCAGACGCGAAGAGCUAAGAGCGUUGGGGAAAGGAGUGACUCUUUGGAAUGGAGAUGGACUUUCCCUGGAAGAACUGGGCAUUCGGAUACAUGUUUUAAUUUCGGUUAUUCGUUCUACGAGGAAGAAAAGGCGGUGUUGUAAUGUCCUAAGAUUUGAUUACAAAGUCGUUGGGCAAAACGGAUUCAUUGCUUCGAAGUGUCUUUUUGUUAAUGUUUCUGGAUUUUCAAAAAUAUAUAUAUUUUCGAAGUGCUCUUGUCCGCACGCUUUUCACCAGAAUUAAGAAAAAUAUAAAAGGUGGAUCAGACUCCGUAAAGAUGGUUACUCGGUACACUAUCGACCAGAUUCUGUCCUGCACGGCAGACGGGGGCCAGAGAGCGACGUCGCCGGCGGUCGCUCCAGGAAACGAGACGCCCUUUGGCCUCUCCGCCGCCGCCGCCGCCGCCACCCGCCCGCGUCCCUCCCUCCCCGACCCCCUCGAUCUCUCUCUCCCCACGAGAAGGCGAGAGGAAGGGAACGGCCAGAGCAACCUCUCGAAGUGGAGCGACGCCCACAGGCCGCUCGAAGUCAAGCUGGAAAGAGAUGACGAGAGGAAGGACCGCCGCCACUCUCCGCCUCCUCUGCCCCUCCACUCUCCGAAGGGCGUGUCCUCGGAGGCCAAGGAGAACCGGAGGGGCGAGGAGGAGGACGGGCAGCAGGGGGGCUACGGCCAGCACGCCCCGGCCUCCACCGUGGCGAGGCCUGUGCCCGUUCGCCUCGGCCAGGCCUCCAAGCCGCCGCUCCACGGGCCGCCCACGCAGAGCCUGGUGGAGCCCGCGCUGACCGCCGCCCACCUCAGGCCGCCGCAGCACCUGAGGGCGGAGUGGAGGCCCGAGCUCCUCUACGGCGGAGGGGGAAGAGGAGGAGAAAGAGCGUUCGGUCUUCUGGAAGCGAACGGCGGAGGAGGAGGAGGAGGAGGAGCAGGAAGAGGAGGAGACAGAGGAUACGGCCUCAUGGAUCCCAGCUUCGGGGGAGACGUCUGCGGCAUGAUGCUCCGGCAGUACCUGGAGGCCCACUACAGGAGCCUCGUUGCCCCCAGGGCGUUCCUGCCCCUGGGGAUUCCCCUCUUUGACCCAGCUACCCUCGGCUACCCACACCCGGCCAUGACCAGAUCCCGAAGACGUGGAGGCCAAGUGCGGUUCACAGGAGAGCAGACGAGGCAGCUGGAGUCCUGGUUCGCCAAACACAAGUACAUCACGCCACAGCUUAGGAAGACGAUUGCAAGGGACCUCAGUCUGCAGGAGAGGCAG